AUGAAUAAUAUUAACGAGAGCGAUGAUUAUUUACGCGAUGAUAUGCUUAAUAAUAUGUUGAAUUUGGAAAAAUAUUAUUUACCACCAAUAAAUUCAAAACCAUCAUCAAAACAAUCAUUGUCUAUUACGAAUUACAGUCAAUCAAAUAUUCGAAAAAUAAUCGCCAAUUCCAUACACGGGAUAUGUGAACAAGAAUCAAUAUCGAAUGAUGUAUUUCCAUUAACAAUGAAUUUAUUUGAUCGUUAUUGUUCAUUAUUUACUCAAUAUGAUUCAUAUUUAAUUAAAUCUGUAGAAUUAAUUGCACUUUCCUGUUAUCAAAUAGCAAAAAAAAUUCGACAUACUCUAACAAAUUCAAUACAAAAUUAUAAAAUUUGUUUAAUAUUAAAUGAUUAUACAGAUGAUGAAAUAUUUGAUGCCGAGCAGACAAUAUGUGAUAAACUUGAUUGGGAUUUGGCAUCUAUUAUUCCACAUGAUUAUAUCGAUUUGAUAUUAAAAAAGUUACCAUUUAAUGAAAUACAACGAAUUAAAAUUAAACAACAUGUUGAAAUUUUGUUAUGUUUAUGUAUAUGUGAAUACGAAUGUUCAACGAUAUUACCAAGUUUAGUGGCAUGCGGUUGCAUUCAGUCAGCUGUUAAAGGUUUAUAUUCAAAAUUUGAUGUCAUGUAUGACAGUCAUUUACUUUCACAAAUAAUCAAAUCAAACAAAAAUGAUAUUGACCAUAGUCAAAUGAUUGUUGAAAAAAUCGUACAAACUCGUCUCCAAGAUUUACACGUAUCGUCAAUAUCACUUGUAGAAUCUGUGACAUUAUCUCCUUCAUCUCGACGAUGUUUAAUAUCAAUUGAAAAUAAUCAAAAUAGUUCCAAAACAUCGAAACAAACAUCGUUUUGUAUUGUUAGAUAG